ACCCCCAACUUGCCCACUUGGCCUAUCAAAAGUGCAGACAACCCUGUUCCUAUCACGUUAUAAAACCAACCCCGAUGGCUAUAUAUCCAUUAGGCAGCCAAGAAAAGUUACCUCCCACUAAAAAUGGAGUUUUCCUUCCCAUCAUACCAACUUUCUUCCUUGUAUCAUUAUCUCCUUCCAUCUCCUGCCCUUUUCUCCAACCAGCUUCUUCCUGAAAGCCAUGUUAAUUGGACUCAAACCCCAGAGGAUCACGUUUACUCUGCUGAUCUUCCUGGGGUGAGGAAGGAGGAGAUAAAAGUGGAAGUUGAGGACUCAAGAUAUCUUAUAAUUAGGACCGAGGCCAUCGAUGACUCAACAAAACCAGCCAUGGACUUCAAGAGGAAAUUCCGGCUGCCUGGUUCCAUAGAUAUUGAUGGAAUAUCAGCUAAAUAUGAAGAUGGGGUCUUGACAGUAACCGUGCCAAGGACUUUCAGGAGGGGUAGUUUCUAUAUUGACCCUGCAGAUGUGCCUGAUAGGGUCGAAGUUCUUGCAAGGGCCGCCUGAAAUUGGGAACAUUAUUUUUUUUUUCUUUAGAUUGUAAACCUUAUUUGUGGGCUAUGAUUGGUCUGGGGUGAGAACCUGGGGAAUUUGAUUGUACCAAAGAUUGAUCCCAAGGAUGAAAGAUUGAAUUUGGUUUGGACUA